GUCUAGUCUUGCGCUCAUAGUCGUCCUAUCUGCCCUCUAAGUUCGACUCGUUACCAGCGACGUCAGCUGCCGCUGCAAAGUGGUGCAGAUGGAGUGGGGACGACGAGAACGGAAAGGCGGUAAGGACAUCCAGUCAUCAUUCGAUGCGUGAAGGUCUGCUACUAUGAGUCCCGAUGGUAAGAGCCUCUGGCCUGAGGUCGCUCGUCAGGGUUGUACCACUGGAAUUCGUACUCUGGUCAAGGUGGAUUGUUUUGGCGAUGCGGAUUCCCAUCCUCAGGCGGAAGAUACAGCGGGUGCUUGUUCCUUUUCCUCACGUCGACGGCCAUGAGCCGAUCUCUCCAGGUGUCAAGGGAGGGCGCAGUGUUCAGCCACAGACGAUCAAUCGCCGACAUUUUAUAUUUUGCCCAAGAUUCGCCUCGCAGGAAUCACGUCAGUGAGCGAGGAUCUUCGGGUUUCAUACGGAAAUGUCGAGAUUGAUUUGCACCUCAAAUUGCUGCACUGUCACGCCUUCAGUACCCUUCACCUUGUCUUUCCUCCGCAAGCAAUACCCAGUAUCCACUCCGUGGAGGAUGCCAUCCGCUCCCAAAACCGCGUACGGCGACAAGCCUAGCGCGUCAUGCAAGCAUGUGAUCCGACCAGGCGCAUUAACUUGCC